UCCAACAUGUGUAAUAGAUAAAAAAUGUAUUCCUCAUUAUAUAGUCAACCAAAUGAAUAGUGGUGUGAUACUCCUUCUAAACAAAUAUCACCAGCUACUCCAAGGAAAGAUGUCUUCAAGUAGACCUGGAACACCUCAUAGACCCGGUACACCCCACAAUCGACCAAGAACUCCAAGAAGAGCAAGGACACCUAGGAGUAGACCAGAUGAUUACAUUAUUGAAGCAUCAGAUCCAUUUUCAUUACCAUUAUCUGCUUCAGAUGAUCGAAUGCGACCUACAAGCCCAUUUGUGGGAGGAAAUGAAAAUGUGAGCUCACCUCUUAAUUAUGGAACACCUAGUUCAAUAUAUGGUUCCCUGAGAACACCACGGUCUGUGGUUCGUAACACUCCUUUGAAGGCCCGACCUGAUAUUCUAAUGGAUAAACGUGUUCGACAGCUUAAUAUGCAGUCUGAGGGAGAUGAUCUCAGUUCUGAAACAGACCGAAAUGAACCAACUCUUGUUAUUUGGGGAACAGAUGUAGUUGUUUCGAAAUGCAAGGCAAAAUUUAAAGAUUUUAUCUCUAAUUUUGUUGGUAAAUAUUCUGAAGAUUCUGAACCUGAAUUAUUGUAUCUUAAUGAUCUAGAAAAAAUAAGUGUUGUUGAAAAGCCGUUUUUGAAUGUUAAUUGUGCCCACAUUGAACAGUUUAAUCAAGAUUUAUAUAGACAACUAGUUUCAUACCCGCAAGAAGUUAUUACCUCAUUUGAUAUGGCUGCAAAUGAAUUAUUUUUUCAAAAACAUCCUGAUCAUGUUUUACCUCACCAAAUACAAGUUCGCCCUUUCAAUACAGAGAAAACUCUGAACAUGAGAGAGCUUAACCCUGAAGAUAUUGACAAGCUAAUAACUGUAAAUGGAAUGGUUAUUAGGACAAGCUACAUUAUACCUGAAAUGGGGGAAGCAUUUUUCAAGUGUAGCGUAUGUGACUCUUCAAGAGUGGUUGAAAUAGAUCAUGGUCGAAUAUCUGAACCAACUCUGUGUACUAAUUGUAAUACAAAUCAUUGUUUCAAUUUGAUUCACAAUAGAUCCGAAUUUAAUGACAAACAAAUGAUAAAACUGCAAGAAUCACCAGAUGAUAUGCCUGCUGGUCAAACUCCAUACACUGUAACAUUAUAUGCACACAAUGAUCUUGUUGAUUAUGUUACUCCUGGUCAGAGAGUAAGUAUAACGGGAAUAUAUAGGGCUGUUCCUAUGCAAGCUAAUCCUCGAACAAGAAAUUUAAAUUCUGUUUAUAGAACGUAUGUCGAUAUUUUGCAUAUAGCUAAGGUUGGGACGGCAUGCAUUCGUGAUACUGAUCAUACUUUUAAACCUUCACCUGAAAGAUUGGAACUUUUGACAGCACUAAGUAAAAGGCCAGAUCUUUAUGAUAGAUUAGCAAAUGCUAUUGCUCCUUCAAUUUUCGAAAAUGAAGAUAUAAAAAAAGGAAUUUUGUUACAGUUAUUUGGUGGAACAAGGAAAACAUUCAACAGUUCUGGGCGAACUGCUUUUAGGUCUGAGAUCAACAUUUUACUAUGUGGUGAUCCUGGAACCACAAAAUCACAACUUUUAUCACAUGUUUACAACCUAGUGCCAAGGUCACAGUACACGAGCGGAAAAGGAUCUUCAGCUGUUGGUCUUACUGCUUAUGUGACGAAAGAUCCCGAAACUAGGCAACUUGUCCUUCAAACAGGAGCAUUAGUACUGGCUGAUAAUGGUGUUUGCUGUAUUGAUGAAUUUGAUAAAAUGAAUGAUGCCACAAGAAGUGUUUUACAUGAGGUAAUGGAACAGCAAACAUUGAGCAUCGCAAAAGCCGGUAUUGUAUGCCAGCUCAAUGCUAGAACUUCUAUUUUAGCAGCUGCUAAUCCUUUGGAAUCAGAAUGGAAUAAGAAUAAGACAAUUAUUGACAACAUUAGACUUCCUCAUACUCUUUUAUCUAGAUUUGAUCUAAUUUUUCUGAUGUUAGAUCCUCAAAGUGAACAUUACGAUCGUAAACUUGGCAAACAUCUUGUUUCAUUGUAUUAUCAGUCCAAAGAAAAAGAACAAGAUGAAUUAAUGGACCGUUUGGUGUUGCGGGAUUAUAUCACGUACUGUCGUGAUAACCUAAUGCCAUCACUGAGUCCUGAAGCUUCCGAGCAUCUUGUUCAUGCUUAUGUUGAAAUGCGAAGAGUUGGAAGUGGUAGAGGACAGAUCAGUGCUUAUCCAAGACAAUUGGAAUCCUUGAUAAGAUUAUCAGAGGCUCAUGCUAAAAUGAGAAUGGCUGAAACAGUUGAAGUUGUUGAUGUUCUUGAAGCCCAGAGGUUACAUAGAGAAGCUUUGAAACAAUCUGCUACUGAUCCUCUUUCUGGUAAAAUUGAUGUUAACAUCUUAACUACUGGAAUGAGCACAGCUGCAAGAAAGAAAAAACAAAUGGUGGUUGAUGGACUCCGUACCAUUAUUGAGAAGAAGACCGGUCCUGCCACUCUUAUGUAUCGUAAACUUUUUAAUGACCUGAAGGAUGUGCUUCAAGUGGUGGUUUCACGAGACAUGUUUGAUGAGGCAUUGAAAGAAUUGCAAGAAGGAGGAGUUAUAAAAGUUACCGGAAGACAGACUGUGAAAGUCUUGGGCUGAAGUUACAGGGGCAUAGUCCGAGAAUGUCCUCGGCUGUAAAGUUCUUUUUAUUUAAAUAAUGAUUUUAUUAUUAUGUAUAAUUUGAACACAUUUUUAAAUUAAAUUUAAAUUUGUAAUGUAUAUUCAUUAAAAAUGUUAUUUUUAAUUGUUUAUUGUAAUUGUUAUGCCUCCUGUUAAUCUCAAUUUACUCUAUCAUUCUUUGUGUUUUAUAUCAUCCACAAUUUUUUAUUGACAAACAAAAUUAAAAUAUUAAUUAUGAAAUAAAUAAUUUUACUGAAGUAUAUUUUCUUUAUUUAUCAUAUAAAUUGUAUUUGUUAAGUGUUUCCAAGAUAAUGCUCA